AUGAGGGGUACGGUGAAUGUGUUUGUUCUCUUGGGCAUUUCGACAUGUACCACUGUAUUUGCAGCCUCGAGUGAGGCUUCAUCCCGCCCUCGAGGCGUGGGACCUGAAUUCGCCAAAUUCUACAAAGAUACGACCACGUUCACUUGCAUCUCCCACCCUGUCAUAAAGAUACCCUUCUCGGCGGUAAACGACGAUUACUGUGAUUGCCCCGACGGCAGCGACGAACCCGGCACAUCAGCAUGCUCACACCUUUCUCGUCUAUCGCCGUCAACAUCCGCUGACCACCCUGGCAAUGAUGACAUUGAUCUCACACCUGCAUUACCUGGUUUCUAUUGCAAGAACAAGGGCCACAACCCCGCCUACAUCCCUUUCCAGAGAGUAAAUGAUGGAGUCUGCGACUACGAGAUUUGCUGCGAUGGUAGUGAUGAAUGGGCUCAUCCAGGAGGAACUAAGUGUGAAGAUCGGUGCAAGGAGAUUGGCAAGGCAUGGCGCAAGUCGGAAGAGGCGAGGCAAAAGUCCCUCAAUACAGCUUUGAAGAAGAAGAAAGAGUUGAUCGCCGAGUCCGGCCGGUUGACAAAGGAAAUUGAAGAUCGUAUCGUUGAUCUUGAGGUCGAAGUCAAGGCCAAAGAGACCAAAAUUCAGUCCAUGGAAGUCGAGCUCGAAAAAUUGGAGAGAGAAGAGCGAGGAAAGGUGGUCAAAGGUGCAAAGAAGGGCAAAUUGGGACUGUUGGUGGGCUUGGCGAGAACACGCGUUAAUGAGCUUCGGGAAGCUCUAGGCGAAGUUCGUCAGCAGAGAGAUGAGAGUCGUGCGCGAGUCAAAGAGCUCGAAGAGAUUUUGGCAAAGUUCAAAGAAGAAUAUAACCCCAACUUCAACGAUGAGGGUGUCAAGCGUGCUGUGCGCAGCUGGGAGGACUAUGCCGCAAGAGGAACUGCGGGCGAUGCCUCAGCGGAUAGUGCUAGGGACCGCGACUUGGAUGAGAUCGCUAAGGCUGAUAACGAUGCAUCCGGUAUUGACUGGAUUCAUUGGGAGAAUCAAGACGAGAGCGAGAUUGAUCUUAUAUACAAACUACUGGCCUACUUCCCGCCAGUCGUGGUCGAGUUCCUCGAAGACAAAUACAAUGGCAUCAAGAAAUUCCUCGUCGAAAACAGUAUCAUUCCCGGAGCCGAAAGCGAUACUGAAAGCGAAUCAAAAGUGGUCACAGAAGCCAAAGAUGCUUUGAAAUCAGAAAAGUCAGAACUCGAAAAGACAUUGAGAUCCAUCAAAGACCACCAGUCAGAUCUCGAGAAAGACUAUGGCCCAGACGGUAUCUUCCGACCCUUGAAAGACGUCUGUAUCCAAAAGGACUCCGGGGAGUAUACAUACGAGCACUGCUUCCUUGCACACACCAAACAGAUUCCCAAAAAAGGCGGCGGCACUGUGACCAUGGGCAACUUCCACGCCAUCUCAACCAUCACCGUCGACGAUGCCAAUACCGCCGGCGAGAUUCGACAAGUAGAAAAACUAGCUUUGGAAUAUACCUCUGGGCAAAAAUGCUGGAAUGGACCAGCUCGUUCGACGACUGUGAUUUUGGAGUGUGGUGAGGAGAACGAGAUUUUGAAGGUCAUGGAGGAUGAGAAGUGUGUUUAUUCGAUGCUCGUUACUUCGCCUGUCGCCUGUGGUGAGACUACCAAGGAGAAAGCGAAGAAGGCUGGGAAGGAUGAGCUUUAA